CCCAUCUCUUGUGCUCGGGCAUGUACUGUCGCCAGUGAGGUCUUUACCGAGGCACAGUCUUUUGCUGAUUGCAAAUUACACAUCCGAACCCGUCUGUUAGCUUCGGCUUUCAGCAAUUUUUGCAAACCCCUUUGCUGUGAUGCUUCUGUUUGUGAAAACGGAGCAGAGCGAAUUUUCAGAAGACCUUGUAAUGAUUUGCAAGUAGUUGCACAUGUACAUAGUAUCUACUAAUUUACUUGUUGAUGCAUCGAACAUUUUGCACAUGAGUUCAAUUGGAAAACUGUACGGCUUUCACGAACACCUUUAUUGUUAUAUUUUUCAAUUUAUGGUGCUAACUUUCAAAUUGUAGUUUGUCCUGACAUCACUACUGCAUAUAAUGAUGUGUGAGACACAUGGUAC